UAGAAAAUUUCUUCCACACGCUUCCCCGUUCCCACUUCCCACCGCGAUCCCACUACUGCUGCCUAUAUAUAUCCCAUUUCUUUCAUCCAAGCAAAGCAAAGGCUUCCCUUCCUUCGAUCCUCCCUUAAAAUCAUUCUCGCACGUCGCUGAUGAUCGAUUUGGAGCGGAAAACAGCAAAUAUGGCAACGACCGGGAUAUCCGCUGGAUCGCACAGAAAUCCAUACCUAUCCGCUCCCUCUUCACCACAAAUCCGAGACGCCUCCGCUACUUGCGCUUACGAGCAGUACCUCCGCCUCCCAGAGCUCUCCAAGCUCUGGAGCUCCAAAAAUUUCCCCGGGUGGAAGAACGAGUCCAUCCUCAAGCCGACCCUGCAGGCCUUGGAGAUCACGUUCCGGUUCAUCUCUGUCACCCUAUCCGACCCGCGACCAUAUGCGAACCGCCGGGAGUGGAAGCGGCGGCUCGAGUCCCUCGCCGGUCGCCAGAUCGAGCUCAUCGCCACCCUCUGCGAAGAGGAGGAGCUCGGCCGCGGGGUGCCGGUGGCCGACCUCAGCUCAUCCAAGGGGGUCCUGUCUCGAGAACAGAGCUCUCAGGAGGUCUGGCAGCUCCCCGGGACGUCCACCGUCGUGAGCCGCACGAGCACGGCGAGCCUCCUUCCAAGGCUAGCCAUAUGGGAGAAAUCGGAGGACGUGGCCUCUAAAAUCCUCUUCCAGAUCGAGAGCCAGAUGCACCGAUGCGCCUUCACCCUUGGACUGGGCGAGCCCAACCUCGCCGGAAAGCCCGCCCUCGACUACGAUAUCGUCGUCCGGCCGUCGGAUCUGCACUCCCUCAAGAAAAGCCCGAUGGAGUCCAAGAAUCAAGAGAACCAGACGCUCUUCACCGCCCACCAGAUUCUGGAAUCGUGGCUCUUCGCCGCCCGGGAGCUGUUGGAAAGAAUAGGAGAGAGGAUGGACGGGAAGGAUUGGGAGAAGGCGGCGAGCGAUUGCUGGCUCCUGGAGCGGGUGUGGAAGCUUCUGGCCGAGGUGGAGGACCUCCACCUCCUGAUGGACCCGAACGACUUCCUCCGCCUCAAGAGCCAGCUCGGGAUCAGCGCCGCCUCCGGAUCGGAGGCGUUCUGCUUCCGGUCGAACGCUCUGCUCCGUGUCACGAAUGGCUCCAGGGAUCUGAAGCGCACGGUGCCUUGGAUUCUCGGGGUGGAGGUCGACCCCAGCGGCGGGCCCCGGGUUCAGGAAGCGGCCAUGAGGUUGUUCCACAGCCGGAGGAGGGGCGAGGAUGGGAGGGUUGGUCUGCUGCAGGCGCUGCCGGCGAUCGAAACGGCGGUGAAGAAGUUCUUCUUCGCGUACCGGCAGUUGAUCGUGGCCGUCAUGGGGAGCUUGGAAGCGAGCUGCAACCAGGCCCUGUGCCUGCCGUCGGAGUCCUUGGGUUCGCUAUCGCACAUGUUCUUGGAGCCGCCCUAUUUCCCGAGCUUGGAUGCGGCCAAGGCGUUCUUGGGAAGCUUCUGGCAGAACGAGCAUGGUAACUUCCGGAGCGGAUCGGAUAGCCGAUCGUGAAUGCGGUGUGCGUAUGUCGAGGUUUUAGGUGCAGUACACGGCUCCGGUCUGGUGUGCUAUCGUAGUGCCACUAUACGUAUUUAUUCAUACCUUGAACCCUAUGGAUUCUGUUGAAUUUGAAUUAUUUAUCAUAUAUGUCUGUAUAUGAGCUUACAGAGUCGAAUGCUUGCUUAGAUGAUGGUGCCACUUGCGAGUUGCGACCAGUGGUGCCGUACAAGAUGUUUUUUUUUUUUUGGUACUCGUAUUGAUUAGCGUGAUUCAAACGAUUCAAUCCAUUCUUU